AUCUGCUCGGACUAACAUUCGCUCGAAGAAGGGGUAGCAGUCGAUGGUGUUGUAUUGACCGGUUUCGUCUAAAGAAAACCAACAAAGUUUAGGAUGGUCUAUAUGAGUGUGGUAUCCGAGACUGAAAACGAGCUUCAUCUAAAAAGAACACCAGGUGCAAGGUCGUGGAGCAUACUGAUAGGAUUUAUCUCUGUUGGUAUUGGUGCAUGGACAUACACACAGGACACAUUGCCAUGGAAACUUUUGUAUAUUUCUUUUUGUAUAAUGAUAGGUGUAACAAGUAUUGAUGAUUGGGAGGAUUGUAUAAUUGAUAAGAAGAUUGGUGAAGUGAGAACAAGUAGAUUUGGUCUUAUACGAAUGUUGUUCAGUGGACUGUUACCACCUAGCUUUGUUGUCACAGAUAUUGUAGAAGUUAUUUACGCUGAUGUAGAGGAGGAUGUUACCAAAUUAGGAAAAGGUUGUUAUGUCGUGUUGAGGAUGGCAUCGGGGAUCGCUCUGCCAUUAACAGAUACAUGCACACUUGGUUCAGAUACAAGGCAACAUCAUGAGAUUGCCAACAAGAUAAAUUCAUUCUUGAAUCUUAAGAAAAUGCAUCGGGAGCCAAGCCUCCUGGAAGAAAUGGAGGAGUCAGACUCUUCAAGUGAUUCGGGAAGCGAAGGUCAUAAAGAUGGAUAAAAUCAUGGAUAGUUUGGAGCAGAUGGAGGAAUCAAAUACUUCAGAUGACUCGAGAUGUGAUGGACUUAAACAGGGGCGGAUUUAUAAGGGCGGGGGGGGGGCGAGCUAGCCCCAGUUCCCCCCCCCCCCACCUUUUCGUAAAAUAAAAAAAAUUUAUUGAUCGCCCAAAACACCUCAGAGGAUAUUUCUGGCCGUCUAGAAAACAAAAAUUGGCUGGGACCUUCUUGGGGUAGUGUUGUCUCCCCCGCCUUCGGACAUCUCUUGAUCCGCCCCUGGUAAAGAUGGAUAAUAAAAUCAUGGAUAGCCUGGGACAGAUAGAGAAAUAGAACACUUCAAGAGACUAGGGAAGAGAAGGUCGUAAAAAUAAAUAAAAUAAAGGAUAGUCUGAAACAGAUAGAGGAAUUAAUGUGGCCAAAAUGAAUAUUGUUGCAGCCUGCCGAAAUAAAUUAAAAAUCCCAAAGUUGAGACAAGCCUGUAGUCUUUGGCUAGAAAAAAUCGCAGGGCCCACGCCCAGUGUUGAACCAAAAACCACCUUGUUCACUGAUCUGGCCGACCACUUCCGACCUGUGGGUUUUUAGUUGGACAACAAAGGUAGGCUCAAAUUUAGAGCCAAUUUUUAAUAUUUUAUUUUUAUAUUCAACAUUCGUCUAUUUAUAUUGACAUUCCAAGUAGGAAAAUAAAUACAAAUAUAUCAAGAUCAGGUUCUGCUACUGUGGCUUAGAAUCUUAAAUUGAUUAUCUAUUUAAUAGACAUUUGAAUGAAUAAAUUGCUUUAAUAAAAUAAGUCUUGAAAAUA